UCUGUACUCUUUAUCUGUUAAUCCUGCUCCAUCUGAGGCGGAACGGACGUCAGAGGAGAAACAUGGGUCUCACUCGGCCAGUUCCAGAAGGAAGACGAGACAUCCAGUGCCAUCAGAAUGGAAAGCUACUUUUGAAUGAGAAGAGGGCUCUAAAACUAAUGGGUGCAGUUGUGGUGGCCUUUUUUGUUUGCAACUUUCCGGACAUUGCCUCGUCGCUGAUGCAGGUCUACGUAGUUGUGUGGACGGAAACUGUUCAUUCUGUCUACACAAUCUUGAAAACGUACUUGUCGCUUCCGCUGUGGUAUAUAAACGGUGCUCUGGACCCGCUGCUGUUCUGUAUUUCCUCCCACACAUUUCGCAGGGCCUGCUGGAGAACAUUGGGUAGGCUCGGGCCUCGCUGCUACUUUAAGUAUGGAAGUUUUUUUGGGCGGCGGCAAAGAAGUUCUAGUGAAGAAGCAAGCUCUACAGCCAGAGAGAGGAUGGAUGCUAAAAGCCGUAGAGAGAAGAUGGACAAAAAGACAGUUACAGUCACUUACAAAUCAGUUCAGAGGAACGGCCCCAUUCAACCAGAGCUGCAACAACAAGCACUCUGA